AUGGACAGCAAGUGGUCACCGAGGACAGCAGGGUCACUCUUGCUGCUGCUGGUGUCCAACCUGCUGCUAUGCAAGAGCACAGCCUCCCUGCCCAUCUGUCCCAGCGGAGCCGUCAACUGCCAAGUGUCUCUCCGGGAUCUGUUUGACCGUGCGGUCAUCCUGUCUCACCACAUCCACAAACUCUCCUCAGAGAUGUUCAAUGAAUUUGAUAAACGGUAUACCCAGGGCAGAGGGUUCAUCACCAAAGCCAUCAACAGCUGCCACACUUCUUCCCUCUCUACACCAGAAGACAAGGAGCAAGCCCAACAGAUCCAUCACGAAGACCUUCUGAACCUGGUCCUCCGAGUGCUGCGCUCCUGGAAUGACCCACUGUACCACCUGGUCACAGAAGUGCGUGGCAUGCAAGAAGCCCCUGAUUCUAUCCUAUCUAAAGCCAUAGAGAUUGAGGAACAAAACAGGCGACUUCUUGAGGGCAUGGAGAAAAUAGUCGGCCAGGUUCAUCCCGGAAUCAAAGAGAAUGAAGUCUACUCUGUCUGGUCAGGACUUCCCUCCCUGCAGAUGGCUGAUGAAGAUGCCCGCCUUUUUGCUUUUUAUAAUUUGCUCCAUUGCCUUCGCAGAGAUUCACAUAAGAUAGACAACUAUCUCAAGCUCCUGAAGUGCCGAAUCAUCUAUGACAGCAAUUGCUAA